UGGCGCCCUCCAUCUUGUAACUCACAUUGCCCUUACGCAACAUGUUGUCCCAUGAGAGGCUUCUCUGUUGUUUCGGCGGUAGUCAAGGGCAAUUUGCACUCAUCACGGUGGAGUCACCAUGAAUAUUUAACCAAACACCUUAACCGCACCCACCUUUUAACAACCGGCUGCGUGUGUUAGCCUCAGGAAUCCAACCGUCAUCCCUGCACUUGGAGCAGGGACGACCUGGCGUUGGGACGGGGGAACCAUGGAGCACGUGAAACUGUAUCUUCCGGGAGCUGAGCUUGACAACCGGACUGCAGCUCAGCUGGCCGGUGCCGCCUGUGUGGUGGGGGCCCUGACGGUGCUGGUGCGGAUGGUGAGCAGCCGCCGAGUCGCGAAGGAAAAGAUCCGGAGAGCCAGGAGCCGGAGAGACGAGAGCCUGCAGCGGGCUGAGCAGGCGGUGCUCCAGUACAAGGAGUCGCAUCCCCUGGCUGACUCUGCUCUCAUCUUGACGCUGUCCUUGUCUGAGUUGACGAAGAAACUGCAGGAAGGCUCGCUGAGCCCAGAGGACGUGUUUUACUCCUACAUGGAAAAGACUCUGGAGAUAAACAAAAAGCUCAACUGCUGCACUGGGAUUUUGUUGGAGAGUUUUGAUCAGCUGAAAACAGUUGCCUCCAACAAGGAAGGUCUCUUAUACGGAGUUCCAGUUAGCAUCAAAGAAAACUUUGCAUACAAGAAUUAUGACUCCUCUUGCGGUCUGAUUAGUAAAUUGGACCAGCCUGAAGAUAAGGACAGCGUGAUUGUUGAAGUUUUGAAGAGACAAGGAGCCAUUCCCUUUGUGAAAACUAACCUGCCCCAAGGCCUACUAAACUAUGACUGUGGUAACCCCAUCUAUGGGCAGACUGUGAACCCCUGCAACCUCCAGAAGACGCCCGGAGGUUCGUCAGGUGGGGAGGGAGCUCUCAUCGGGGGAGGAGGCUCCCUGCUUGGUAUGGGCACUGAUAUAGGGGGUAGUGUCCGUAUUCCUUCCUCUUUCUGCGGCAUCUGUGGCUUUAAGGCGACAUCCGGUCGGCUAAGCUCACGGGGUGUAAGAGCAGCUUUGCCGGGGCAAAAAUCUGUGUGCUCAACUUCUGGACCCAUGGCGAGGGAUGUGGACAGUCUGGCUUUGUGUAUGCAGGCUCUGCUCUGUGACCACAUGUUUUCACUGGACCCCACUAUACCACCCAUACCUUUUAACGCUCAGAUAUACCAGAGCACCAGUCCUCUGCGGAUCGGUUACCUAGAAAAUGAUGGCUACACAGGACCAUCUCCAAGCAUGGCCCGAGGCGUCAGAGAGGUCAAAGCCCUCUUGGAGCAAGCAGGACACACUUUGGUGCCCUACACUCCUUUGAGGAGCAGUGACGUUUUCCCUGAACUGGUAAUAAAGGGCAUCCUUGGAGAUGGAACUACCACCCUGCUUCAGAACCUAGAGGGGGGGCCUGUGGACCCCUGUCUCAAAGACCAGGUUCUCCCUUACUAUUUUCCAAAGUGGUUGAAAAAAACCCUCUCAUUCCUCCUCAAGCCUCUGUCUCCUCGUAUUGCUUCUGUCUGCAACGCUAUCUGUGGAGUUGGAACGGUUGCAGAUCAGUGGAAGCAUCAAAGUGCUGCUGAGGAAUACAUUCAUGCAACGAUAGCAGAGUGGAGAAGAUGCAACAUAGACGUGCUGCUGUGCCCUGCUCUGGGACCGGCCUUCAACUUCUUAUACUGUGGCAAACUUUCCUGUGCGAGCUCUCCCAUGAUAGUUUAUAAUCUCCUCAACUUUCCUGCCGGUGUUGUUCCUGUUUCUACGGUAACAGCGGAGGAUGAGGAGAAACUCAAGCACUAUAAGGGCAAUUAUCAGGACUACUGGGACAAGGUCUUCAAACAGGCUGUGACUGGAGGAGAGGGUCUGCCUGUAGCGGUGCAGUGUGUCGCCCUGCCGUGGCAAGAUGAGCUCUGCCUGCGCUUCAUGAAGGAAGUGGAGCAACUGGUCAGACAGAACAAAAAGUAAAACCUUGAGGCCACAGGAGGGGCUGCUUACUCCUGGGAACUCAGAUUAAUUUUGCUUUGAGUUCAGCUAAUGAAUGUGAAAACAAACAAUUAGCCAGUGAGGAAGGCACUCUGAAGUAGUAAUAACUGCACAUAGCACAAGAUCUGAUAAGGUAAGCCUUGAUUAAGUCCCUGAAGGAAAUUCAGGAACACAAGACAACACUCCUGUACAAUGAAAUGAAAAGUGAUGAGUAAAGAUUAACACAAUUAAUGGUGCUUUAUACUGUAAAAGGUAGUUGAGCAUUUGAAAUCUUGAAUAUUUUGAGUUUCCUUCCUCUGCUCUUUAAGGAUGAACUCAGUUGUUUUCUGCUUUUUGUUUUUUUGUUCCGUUAAAUUUUUUAUGGUAGUAUUCAUGUUUAUUGGCUCAGGUUCACACGUUUUCUCUACUUGUCAUUUUAUGAAAUGAGUCUUUGUUCUGUUUUGCCACACCUGGCAUUUUUUAAUAGCAAGAAAAGCAGCUGCAGUGUUUUAAGAAAACGUAAUUUACCUUAACAACACAACAAGAGGCACCACAAAUCACACGAGUAAAGUGUUAAAAAUUAGGAUUAAUAAGUAAUAUGGAAAACUAUAUUGUCUCCAUCAUUUUAGUCUUUUUACAAUAACUGUCAUAUGAUAAUAAGAAUGAAAUAAAGUAACUGAUUUCUCAUA